UUUCGUUUUCUUUUUGUCCUAUGUGAAUCGUUUUGAACGGUGGAGGUGUAAAUUUUAUUGUGAUACUUUGUGCGCCAGUUGCCAAGUGAUCGUUUUAUAUUCUGCGUGUAAAUUUCUCCAAAACUCUGUGUAAAAACAUGAUAAAUCGUUCAGCGGAUGGUAGAAGAUAAUCGCGGAAGUAACCCAACUGCAGGCAAUGCUGAGUGCACUAUUGUGAGAUCAUUUGGUUGAUCGUUGUGUGACGCUGUGAAUUCAUCUUUUAGGGACUUACUUGUUGUGCAUCAAAUUCGACAAGGCACCGCCAAGCAGAAAACACUGUCUUCGGAUACAACAAUAAAAAACUUCAUCGUUUGAGAUACAACCCCCGCUGUCGAGUGUUCCGUCCGCCUUGUACCUUCACGGUACGGAGCAAGUACGUGCUCCAUCUUUUCUCACUAAGUCCGCUCCCGGGUGCGCUACUGGCUGAACGAUAUCGUCGAUGAGAUGCGAAAGAAAAGUCCCGCGUCGGUCCAGAAAUGGGUCGAUUCGAUACAGAUGCCAAACAGUGCCGGGCCAGCCAGCGCAGAUCCGAACGCGGCCCUUUCGAUCGAUGCACUUCGGAUGCAGGAUGACACGGAUGGUACCGUGUCCGUAUCUGAUCAGCUAGUGGAUGUUAUUGGUGGGGACAAGAAUGUGUGCGAAACAAAGGAGGAUGCAGAAAACAAUGACCAACGAUCGCAAAGAGAAGCGCACGGAGAUAUGCAGAAAUGGACCCAGAAUGUGGAAAGUGAUCACGAGGACCAUCAUGUAGAACACGAGGAUGAGAAGGAAGAGGAUGGUAUAAGAGCGAGUGGAUCCGAGGCGCUUGUACUUAUGGAUGGUCCACCGGAAGACCUCGAAGCGAAUGCCACCGUUGCUGCUGCAUCAACGGAUUCCAGCACACCGAAAGUAGCUAGGCUGGAUGACGGCCCGAAACCGACCGCUGAUAGUUCUGCUGGACUAUCGCUGCGAAACUUUCUCUCGAAAAAGUCGAUUCUAGGUAAAUUCAGCCGAUCCGGCUCAAAUCUCGACCACAGCCCAACUGCUUCGGCGGAGAACGCCCCGUCGAUCGGAUCUUCCAGCAGUAUGGAGACGGAGGAGGUCGCCGGUAGGCGGGGUGUGGCCCAGGAUGGUGUAGGGACACCGAACAUUCCUUCUCCAUCACCGUUUGUGGUGGGUAAAAGUAAGAUAAAUGAGUUCUACGAUAAGCUCGGCAUGAACAAAGCCAAGUACAGCUUAAUUAAAGCGAAGAAACUCGACAUUCGCAACAUGCUCGGUGGAGUGACUUUGGGUGGUUCGCGUGAGCCGAAACACACCGAAGCACAAUCAAAUACGCCACAUGUGGAGGGCAGUGUGCAGGAUUACAAUACAGCAAAUGUUGAUGAAGAGACGGAAGGUAUUACCCUUGUCGACUCGUGUGUAGAUGAACGGUCGAGGUCCUCCCCGGAGCACCCGGAACAGCUCGAGGUAAGCGUCAUCGAUGUGGACCCACCCGACGCCUACGAGUUUUCCUUUGACGAAUCCUUUCCAAAGUCGGAAGAGUUCAUACCGGGUAUGAUCAGCGAAGAGGAUGAGGAGAAGGAAAACAUGCUCGAUACAACGGUUGCGUCGAUAACGAGUAGUCAUAGUCACGGGUACGGGUACGAUGCGUAUCUGAACCCACCGAAACCGAAAACACACCGUAUUGGAAUUGGACGGAUUGGACGUAGCUCAAGCGAGAAUCCCCGUGCUACGGCCCGGCGUUACAACUUGAUGGAGAUCGGCCGAAGCUUCAGCGAGAUGAACGACGACGAUGACUCGUUCGCCAUCAGUGAGGGGAAUAACAGUUGCCCCAACCCGUCCUCACUCAAUACGAGCUCGAGCAUCAAUGAACACGGUAGCGCGGGUAAUCUAACACGUUCCGUCCCGGUAAGUCCGAUUCCGCGUACAUCCAGCAAGUUAAGCAUACACCAGGAGCAUCUGGGACAGCAUUCGACACCCGGUGGUCAGCUACUGCAGCAGCACUCUAUGGUGGACCAGUCAAGCCACAGCCGACGGCGCAGCACUAUGCUGGUCAAGGAUAGCUCCCUACAAUCCGACUCUAGCCGAUGCUCAAGUGUGGAGAGCUUGCUGAACGCACGUAAACCAGACCCGGAGAAGAUACUGCUCAAUUUGGGCUUUGGGCCGGCCCCACAUAGCACGGACGUGUUGGCUAAAAUACCCAAAAGGUUUUUGAAACCAUCUCAAGUGCGAGGUGUAGAUACGGAAGCCUUCCUCCGCCAGCAGCAACUCUCAAUGCAUAUCCACGAAAAUAGUGUCCUCGGGUACCGAGGGCUCGUAGGUAAUCCACACAUUCCACCCUCGAUGAUAGUAGCGAAGAUUAUGGAACGGUUCCAGGAGAACGACUCGAAAACCCGCCUCACAGCGUCCGGGCUGCCUGGGCUGGUACAAUCAGACAGCCGCAACUCAUCCGGACCCCCAUCACCCGUACCAAUGACACGGCAUGCCUCUCUAGCGACCACUGAUGGACGUUUAAAAUUUUAGUCUCACCACCACCAGCACCAGGAAGUGGGAGCGAAAGGGAGGAGAACUGGUGAAACAUCCAACUGAAUAUCCUCGAGUGAUAAACUUGUCCAACACUUAUUUAUGAAAUUCUCGAACCUCUAUAGAGUAACAUCUUUUGCACGGACAUCACUGGCACCUACCAACGGUGACCUAUUUACUAAAUGGACUGUAGCGAGAGAUAACAUUACAAACUUAACUUUUACCUUGGGCAACGCAACACAAUCUAAGCGAUCGAAUCGGGAAUCCAGGCUCGUGUAUCACAAGAACGCAUUCCUUCUUCGAAUUUCCAUCUAUCGUCUUUUAACACUAUUUUAACACCUUACAUUUGGCAAUGUUUAAAGCAAAAACAAAAAUCUGUACUAUUGUACCUUUUACAUCUGUCCUACUUUCGGAUGAGCUUUUGUAAUUAGAACUUAGAGUCUUGCAUCCUGCAAAGCUCCUGUACGAAUUUUGACACUUAUAUAUUUUAUCGAGUUUUUCGGCACUUCACAGAAAGGGUGUUAGGGUAGAAUGGAUCUUAGGCUAAGAGCAGCGGUUAGACCACAACAUAUAGAAGACAGCAGUGAAUCAAACAAUGAGACUGUUUCAUGUUUGUGUAGAAAUGUGUGACCUUCCUGGCACAUUUUUUCUCCUUUCUUACCCAAGCAUAUCCUUACCACAAUCAUCAGCUAUUGUGAUGAUGUCGUAGUAUGGUAAACCGUUUGUCUAAGAUAAGUGUUCGAACGGUGUAAGAUAUUAGUAACCCCAGCAGGAGGUAGAAUUAGACGAACGAGUACUUUAGUCGGUGACCAAGUUAGGAGAUGAGGGAAACCAGUAUGCAUAGUUGAUAGCAGAAAUGAACAGGCUUUAAGCAAACACAGGGUACGGAACAAUGGAAUCAAAACGAAGGGUCCUAGAUACAGUAGAUAAAAGCAAUUUUAAGUAGACAUCACAAACUCUCGGGAGUCUAAACAUAUCUAUGCCACAGUGAUUCGAGCCUUCGUAGAAAACUACCUUGCUUCAUGGAGUAUUUUUGAACGCUGCAAAUAUUCAAUAACUUUACCUUUUACCGGCAUAGUCAACUUCUGCAACAGUCGCCCAGAGCAAAAACUCUUUUUUUUAAAUAAAACACUCAAGUAUUUUAGAGUUUAUAUAUUAAUUUUUAUGCUAACCGAUCCGUCGAUAGCAUUGUUGUUUAUUCCAAAAUCCUUAAUACUGCGGCACUGGGAAGACAAACGCACUUGUUAGUUGAAUAAACGUUGUAACGUGAAUCUU